AUGUGUGAAAAUUUAAGCCAGGAUCGCAUAAGAUGUGAGGCGUGUCGGACAAUUAACCUUGCUAAAAAUGUCAACCAACCGAAGCCAGAUAUGCAAAUAUAUGAGAAGUGCAGUCCGACGCAAAAAAUAUGUUCUCGCGUCCCUGAACUUCCCAUACACCCAACUUGCAUCAAAGUUUGCAGCAAAGAGGAGUAUAAAUUAAGGAAAAGUGGUAAAAAACUAGCUUUACCAGUAAAAACAGUACCUUGUCCUCACGGUAAAUUGAUGUACGCAGUUAAAGCUGGUAUCCUGGUAGGUGCCGUUUACUUCACGUAUUCGCAAGGAGUGUGGGGCGACCAACGAGACGUCACGGAGUGCAUUCGGCGUUGGCAGGAAUAUAUUCGCAGUAUCAACACUAGACGCCCACCUGUGUUCGACCAGUGCGGAAACGUUAUCAAAAAAGAAUCAUCUGAGAGUAUUAUAGCUCCAAUGUACUUAAUAUACAAGAGAAUAGUUACCACCUGCUUUGAAGGUAUCGUUAAAUUCCCUACGAUAUUGAAAUGCGCUUACAUUGAUUACAUCAAGGCCCUCGAAAGAAGGCAGGCAGAGUUAGAACAGGAAAGAAAAAUAAGAAAGAGAUCAAUUUAA